ACUGCCAAGUUUCUUAGCACGCGCGUCACUCGGCCUGGCACAAUCUUGGCUCGACUUUGGCUGGCAAUUCUGCUUCAAAUGCCAGUUCGUUCUCAGUCUUCAAGCAGUGCGGUUCGAUUGUGCUUGCGAGAGAGUUUUGUGAUCGCGCAAAGGGGAUUUUUUGCUCAUUUGCUGAAGUGCUCGUUUUCUGUGUGAUCAGUGAUCGUACUUUAGUGCCAUUUUAUGCUUGAUUUUUUUUGGCAAUAUCUCAAAGAAAAACGAAAAGAAAAUUAUUAAAUAUGAUUUUCCAACAGGACUUUUUGUGAAUUUACUCUGAAAGAUUUUUACUCUCCUUGAGUGACCCUCUCUGUAGAGGAAGUGCUAGGAGAUUUUUAUUAAAGUGCAAAGAAAUUGUGAAGUUCUUGUUUUAAGGAAAAUUCUUUAACGGAUUUUUCCAGAGAAUUUGUUCCAAAGAAUUUUUUUGGUAGAAAAGGAUUUUCCAAAAAUGAAGAAACCAUUGAAACGUGAUGUGCUUGCGGAGAAGCUGUCCAAGAGGAAAUCAACGGAGAGUGGAUUUUGCGAUUUGUUUCGUUUCGCGACCACAGCUGAGAAAUGCGUCACAGUGGGAAUCCUCCUUAUGAUCUUCGUCGUCUCAAUGGGAUUCCCCGUGUCAACGAUAAUUUAUGCUGAAACUGUCUCAAUUUUAAUUAAUCGACAUGAUUUUGCCUCGACAAAUGUUACCCUCAUGCUACUCCCACUAUUCGGCGGUGGACGACAGGUGUACAAUGCAACACUGGAGGAGCGGCAUGAAGCCAUGCGGGAGGAUGCCAUGGCCAGUUUCCUCCUCAGCACUGCCCUCGUGGCAAUUUUAAUCUCAGUCAUAACAUUUGCAAUUUAUAUCCUCAACACGAUCGCCCUGAGGCAGACAAUGCGCAUUCGUGGGGUAUUCUUGCGCUCAGUGCUGAGUAAGGAUAUGUCGUGGUUUGACUCUAAGAACACCUUGGACUUUGCCAGCAAGAUCACAAGCAAUCUUGACCUUCUCAAGGAUGCCAUUGGAGAGAAGUUGGUCACCACGGUGGUCCUACUUUCGGGAUUCUUCUUCCACAUGGUUGUAUGCCUCACGCAAGGCUGGCAGUUGACCAUUGUGAUUGGUGGUGUGUACACUGUCCUCAUUAUUGGAUGCUCAAUUUUUGUGGGGAAAUCCGAAAGUCGCCUCACGAAGAGAGAAAUUGCCAGCUACUCCGUGGCCGGUACAAUCGCCGAAGAGGUGUUCAACGCCAUUCGCACCGUUGUGGCCUUUGGCGGGGAAGACAAAGAAUGCCAGCGGUAUGCAGAGAGUCUCAAGAGUGCCGAAAAAUCCGGCGUGAAGAAGAGCUUCUAUUCCGGUUUCCAGAGUGGCGUCAUGUGGUUCCUUGUCUUCGGGGGCUUUGGCCUUGCCUUCUACUACGGCAUACAUCUUAUGGUGUUGGAUUUCGAUCUACCCCCUGCAGAAAGAGUCUAUGACGUUACAACUGUCCUCAUCAUAGUGUUGUGCAUGAUAAAUGGCUCUCAAUUUGUCACCUUCACCAUCCCCAGUUUGGAGACAAUUAUCUCAGCUGAGGGAACCACUGUUGCCAUAUACGACGUCAUCAACCAUCGUUCCCUCAUAGAUCCCUUCAGUGAGGGUGGCAAGAAGCUCGAGCAAUUCACGGGGAAUAUUGAAUUUAAAAAUGUUCGUUUCCAAUACCCCUCCCGGAGCGAUGUGAAGAUUCUCAAAAGAAUAAGUUUUUCCGUAAAGAAAGGACAAACCAUUGGGCUUGUUGGAUGUUCAGGAUCUGGUAAAUCCACGUGCCUGCAGCUCAUCCAGAGGCUCUACGAUCCAUAUGAGGGAGAAGUUCUCGUGGAUGGCGUGAACAUUAAACAUCUCAACAUUGCCUACCUUCGGUCCCAGAUUGGCGUCGUGGGCCAGGAGCCAGUCCUCUUCUCAACCACAAUUGCGGAGAAUAUUCGUUUUGGAAAUCCUGAAGCAACGCAGGAAGACAUUGAGAAAGCAGCAAAAAUCGCAAACUGCCACAGUUUUAUUGAGAAGCUUCCGGAGAAAUAUGACACAGUACUAGGAGAGAAUGGAGCUCAACUGUCCGGUGGGCAAAAGCAGAGGAUUGCCAUUGCCAGAGCCAUUGUGAGGAAUCCCAAAAUCCUCCUCCUUGAUGAAGCCACAUCCGCUCUUGACACGGAAUCUGAGAGGGUGGUACAGAAAGCUCUUGAUAAAGCAUCGGAGGGGCGAACAACCCUCACUGUCUCCCAUAGGCUGUCAACCCUAAGAAGCGCAGACUUCAUAAUCGUCUUUGAGCAGGGAGAGAUUGUCGAACAGGGAACACAAGAAGAGCUAAUGGAACUGCAAGGACAUUUCUAUAAUCUCCACAUGGCCAAUCAAGCUGCAUCAUUGUGCGACACAGAUGAUGAGAGUGCUAAGGAGGAAGCUGCUGCAGAGAGAAGAAAGAGACCAUCAGGCAGGGUGUUGGAAGAAGAUGAAUCUGUUGCUGAAAUCUUCGAGAAAGCACGAGCAAUGUCACUGAGGCCAACUCAGAAGGAACCCAAGAAGGGAGUAAUGAAUCGCAUAAUGAAAUUGAGCUUUAAUGAAUGGAAACUGAUGCUUGUGGGAUGCUUCUGUUCAAUCAUUGUGGGAUCAUCAUUUCCAAUCAGUGGUGUUUUGUAUGCAAACUACUUUGCGGCCUUUGACACCUGCGACCGAGCAACAAUCUACGAAAUUGCCUUAGAAUGCACCCUCUAUACAUUACUCCUUGCAACUGCCACCGGUAUUGCAGCACUCAUCCAGAGUUUUGCAUUCGGAAAAGCUGGAGUACGUCUCACAUCGUUGCUGCGGAAGUGGUCUUUCAGCACAGUUAUCAGACAGGAAAUGUCGUGGUUUGAUGAUCCAAAGAAUUCCGUUGGAGCUCUUUCAGCACGCCUCUCGACGGAUUGUGCAAAUGUUCAGGGAGCAACUGGAAGUCGUUUAGCUGGUAUUCUUCAGGCUACUUCAUCCGUACUAAUUGGCUUGCUAAUUGGACUUAUUGCUUCGUGGAAAUUGGCACUCAUUGUGGCAAUUACAAUCCCUCUAAUGUUGGCUGUGGCUGUUUUUGAAUCCCAAUACGCGAAGUCCAGUGCUGCCAAAGAGAAGGAUGCGAUGGAGAAAGCAUCCAGCAUAGCUGUUGAAGCAAUUUCAAAUAUUAGAACAGUGGCAAGUUUAGGCAGAGAGAAAGCAGUUCUUGACAAAUUCAUUGAAAGCAUUGAUAUUGCAUCUCAAGAAGCAACCAAGAGCAGCAAAUUCCGAGGACUGGCGUACAGUUUGAAUCUCACAAUGAAUAUCUUCACGUACGGCAUUGCUUUCCUUGCUGGUGGAUACCUCAUGGCUGAAGGACAGAUGCACUACGUUAAAAUGAUCACUGUGAUCGAAUCAAUGUUGUAUGGAGCAUGGAUGAUGGGCAUCGUGUUAGUCUACGCACCAAAUGUAAGCAUGGCCAUCACAUCAGCAGAAAGUAUUCUCAAUCUCUUGGACAGGCAGCCCAAAAUUAGGAAUCCGCAGGAGCCAAAAGAUGUAGAGAAUGUAACGGGAAAAGUCUCCUUGAAGAAGGUGAAAUUCCGAUACCCAAAUAGACCAGAAACACAAAUCCUUAGAGGUUUGAGUUUGAGAGUUCAUCAAGGAAAGACAGUGGCUCUUGUGGGACCAUCAGGAUGUGGAAAGUCAACGUGCAUGCAGCUUCUUCUUCGCUAUUACGAUCCUGAUGAGGGAAAGGUGGAAGUUGAUGGCGUAUCGACGCAGGAUUUUGCUCUGGGACGUCUUCGUUCUCAUGUGGGUCUCGUGUCGCAGGAGCCCGUCCUGUUUGAUCGAACCAUCGCUGAGAACAUCGCCUACGGAGAUAAUUCACGAGAUGUUCCCAUCGAGGAGAUCAUCGAAGCUGCCAAAGAGGCUCGAAUUCAUUCGGAAUUCGUCACAAAGUUACCACUCGGCUAUGACACUCCUCUGGGAUCGAGAGGGACGCAAUUGUCGGGUGGACAGAAGCAGAGGAUUGCGAUUGCUCGUGCUUUGGUGAGGAAGCCAAAGAUCCUUCUUCUGGACGAGGCCACAUCCGCCCUGGACACGGAGAGUGAAAAGACGGUGCAAAUGGCCCUUGAGAAAGCCAGCGAGAACCGCACAUGCAUCGUGAUUGCUCACAGAUUGUCUUCCAUUCGCAAUGCUGAUCUCAUUUGUGUCAUCGAUCGCGGACAAAUCGCCGAAAUGGGAACACAUGAAGAACUCCUCAACAGCGAUGGGCUCUACACGAAGCUCUACCAGGCAUCUCUGUGAUAAACUUAACAAUUUAUUGUACUUAAAUGUCAAGCCCAAGAGAAUUUAUUUAAUUAGGAUUCUCAAGAAUACAAAGGCUCAAUAAUUUAGCCUGAAGAGACAAGAAUUUUGUGAUUAGAAGUUACAUUAACUGAAAAUGUUAGUUAUAUAUAAUUGAUUAAUUAGCGUUAUUUAGCGACAUAUUGGUAUGUAAUUUUUUUUUCCUAGGAUUAAUAUAGAAUGUGAUAGUUUUCCCUGAUAAAAUGAUUCUCAUUUGAAGCUUAGAUGUAGGUACUUAAUGAUUUUAAUUACCCUCUUAGUUGAAAUUGAUAUAUAACAAAUGUGUGCAGCCUAAGUCAAGCGUUUUUGAGCAAAUAAAAUGCACAAAGUUUAUAAAAUCUAAAAUAGCAAUUCCUUAUAAAAUGAAUAAAGCAGAUCAUGCCGCUCGUUAAGAUCAUCACACAAAAUAAAUAAAAUUGAUUACUCAAUCGGCUCAAUUGUAAGUUUACGAUUCAGUAUUGGAGUCUUAAUAUAUUUUGUAACUGACGAAUGAAUUAUGAAAUUUGUAAAUAAACGCAUUAAAGAUGA